AUAUUAAUAGUGUCAAGGAUUUCAAUGAUAAUUUUAAUUUAAAUUGCUACACGUAUGCGCAUGCGAUUUCCAAUAUGAAGAAGCAUACCGAAAGAGAAAGUAAUACAGUGUCGUAAGCUAGUAAGUAAGAUCGUCAUCGUGAGCGAAAUCUGUUAGUCGACUGUUCGCUCUUCAAUAGUGACAAACUUUUAUAGAAACGUGCCAUGUGUUUUUAAAACUUUUUACUUAACAAUUAUUUAAUUGUCAAAGUAAAUUAGCUGCAAAAUUAGCUUCUAUGUUAAUUAUUCCGAUUAACAUAUUUAUAAGUGCAACUGCUCUUUGGUGCACGUGCGUGUGUGUUUAAAACUCUUCUUCAGUUUUAAAAUUAACUUGAACUUUUAUAUAUACUAUAAAUAAACAAAUAUGCUGCGCAUUGUAAUAUUUCUAUCGCUUAUCUGCUUUUUAAACUCAUUGAGUGCUCAUCCUACGGAUGAACCGACAAAAUUUAUUCUCAACAACAUGCAAAAUGAUGCAGAAAACAACAUUGUACCGUCAAGAUUGGAGGAUGCAAAGGAAUUGUUAGGACGUGUCGCUGAUGCGUUUAGAAUCGUUGCAGGAAGAUUUAUCAAUUCGAUAAUAUUGGUCAGAAACAUCGUUGUCAAUCGAGCGGAGCAAUUAACUAGCGGAGUUCAGAAUAACGUUGCUCCAGUAAUUAUCGAGUUGGACGAGUCUAAUCAGAGCCGCAGAUCAGUGCAAAGCACAACACCGUUAAUCUUGUUUCAUCCGUCUACGCGAGAAACAGUUCGUUUAGAAAAUGACACCGAGCAGGCAAUUUUAGAAAAACGAAAGCCUGAUGGCAUCAGACAAGCGUUUAAUAAUUUUCUGACACCUAAACCAAUUGUCGAUGGAAUUAAGGAGGAGGAAAAAUACGGUAACGGGGAUAAAUUUAGCGGACUCGGGAACGUGGUCGUCAAAGGUUUUGAAAAUCUCGCAAAUUCUUUGAGCACACUAGUAAACAUCCCUUAUAAUGUUGCCAAACAAACUUCUCGAGCAGUAACCCAAAUAUUGGAUCAAUUUGGUAAACGGCUGAUUGGACUCGAAUAAUAAAGAUCAUUGUAUUGAAGUAAUUAUAUAAUAUAAUUAUAAUUACAAGAA